UGAAAAAAAAACACUGCACAAUUAGCCGACCAACAGAUUAAUAAAUGACAGGAGGAUACAGAUCUCCAGGAUCACCGGCAGCAGAUGUAACUCGAAAAGCAAUUAUUUGAGAGGUUAUAGAAUUUAUCUUCAGACAAGACAUGUUAACCUCGCGGUCCAAGAAUUGAUCCCUUAUCGGAGAAGUCGGUGUUUUCAGUGCUUGCUUUUUUCUAUUUAUUAAAGGAAUACUUCAAUAUCAGUGGACAAUGAAUGGCCUAUCUGUCAGCGAGCUGUGCUGCCUCUUCUGUUGUCCCCCGUGUCCCAGCCGCAUUGCUGCCAAGCUUGCCUUCCUGCCCCCGGAGCCCACCUACGCCCUCCUGCCCGACCUGGAGGCAGGGCCCGUGCCCGCGGGGGCGCCCCCAGCGACGGGUCUGCGGUCGCGGGGAGGAGGGAGUAGCGGAGGCGCCAGCGGGGGCGGAGGAGGGGUGGCGGGCAGCACUGCGGCCGGAGAGGGCCGAUGGAAGCUGCACCUCACAGAGCGGGCCGAGUUCCAGUACUCCCAGAGAGAGCUGGACGCCACAGAAGUGUUCUUGACGCGCUCCAGCCGGGGCAACAGAGUGGGCUGCAUGUACAUCCGCUGCGCACCCUCCGCCAGGUUUACCAUCCUCUUCUCCCAUGGCAACGCCGUGGAUCUGGGACAGAUGAGCAGCUUCUACAUCGGCCUGGGCACACGGAUCAACUGCAACAUCUUCUCCUACGACUACUCAGGCUACGGCGUCAGCACGGGCAAGCCGUCCGAGAAGAACCUCUACGCAGACAUCGAUGCCGCCUGGCAGGCUCUACGCACACGGUAUGGCAUCAGUCCUGAGAACAUCAUUCUGUACGGGCAGAGCAUUGGCACUGUGCCCACCGUAGACCUAGCGUCACGGUACGAAUGUGCGGCAGUUGUCUUGCACUCCCCUCUAACCUCGGGCAUGCGGGUUGCCUUCCCGGACACAAAGAAGACUUACUGCUUUGAUGCUUUCCCAAACAUUGAGAAGGUGUCCAAGAUCACGUCACCGGUACUCAUCAUCCACGGGACGGAGGACGAGGUCAUCGACUUCUCCCACGGCCUGGCCCUGUUCGAGCGCUGCCCCAAGGCCGUGGAGCCGCUCUGGGUGGAGGGCGCUGGACACAACGACAUCGAACUCUACAGCCAGUACCUGGAGCGCCUGCGUCGCUUCAUCGGCCAGGAGCUAGCAGCGCAGCACACCUGAGAGUGCCCUGCACGCACACACACACACAUACAUACACACACACACACACACACACACACACACACACACACACACACACACACACACACACACACACACACACACACACACACACACACACACACCACAAAUGCACACAUCCAGCCACCCUCCCUACUCUUUCUCUUCUGCCUCCCCUCCUCCUGGGCCAAGGUCUGUUUAAAUCCACCCCCCUCUAACACACACACACACACACACACAUACACACACACACACACACACACACACACACACACACACACACACACAUGCCCCCAGUCUGGAAGGGAGCUAGUGGGCGGUCUCUGUCUGUCCAUGGGCCUCUGAGUCACUAAAGGGGGGAUGGUACUGAGCACCCACCUUCUCAGAACUGAACGAGUGAAUAUCUUUUUAUCUCUCACUGUUGUAGUCUUUUUUAUUAUCAUCGUCAGGACUUCUUAUUAUUGUCUUGAGCCAGUUACAGAAAGCCCCUCACAUUUUUGUUUUGUUCUGUUUUGUUUACUUACUAUCCCCUUCUCCAACAAUCCACUAAACGUCAUGGUGGGCAGUGGACUCACCUCUCACCCAUCUACACCAGCUGACCCAGCAUGGCGCUGGAGGGUGACACAGGCAGGACUGGGACAACACACACACACACACACACACACACACACACACACACACACACACACACACACACACACACACACACACACACACACACACACACACACACACACACCACCUCAGGCCCCUUCUCGCACCUCUCAUCCGCCCUCUCGUUUGUCUCUCUUCUCUUCCUCCACGGACCCUCCCAUCCUCCGUCACACCUUCCCUCUGUUGUGGGGGCGCACACCGGCCGGCCGGCCUCAGGUGCUGAAAGUCGUCUCCCUGUUCCCUCUUCCUCCUCCUCGCUCACCUCGCAGCUGGGCCGAGGUGUGUCUGUGGCGCCGAUGACAUGUGAUAUUGACCAUUACUCCAGCUCCGGGGUAACUCAAGCACACUGGCCGGCUCUUUUGUCUGCGGAUGCUUGGCCUCUAUCUGAGCCCUGUCAGUAAUCUCGGAGGGAGGGGGGAUACAGAGAGAGGUGGGGGCAGGGGGUUGGGCCCCUUUCCUGACCUGUUUUGGCUCAUUAUAGACACUGCAGACUAAAGCAUUAGGUGUCCAUUCUAGAUGCAACAGGCAGCUGUUGAAGAUAUUGAAAACUGAACCCCUCCACCAUUGCUGUUGAACAAGGGGGUUUGUUUUCUAGAAUUCAAACUAUAUGCAGAAGUGAAGUCUCACAAAGGAAUUAUUGACUACCUCCCCCAACCCCACCAAACACAAAGAGAUUCUCAUCCCAUCAAAUUGCUCAUAUUUGCCUGAGAAAACAGAGAUGUGACAGUGUUUUUUUAUAUAAAUAUAAACCAAUUUUCCACCAAUUGAAUGCCUAUUUGUUCAUAGUUCAUAGACAAGCUUGACAAAUAAUAAUAAUAAUAAAACAAAAACAGUUACUCACACCUACACCUGAUUUCAUAAUGGUCACCAGUCAAGAUUUAAAUAGAAUGUAGUUGACUCUGAUAACAUCAUGUGUUGAAUUUGAAAUGACCCUAGUGAAACUUGACACCUAGGCUAGCCUCAAGUCUUGAUCAAAUAGUCAAUGUAAUGUGUAGAAAUAUAUGAGACCAAGUACAGCUAAAAUGGGAGGGAAGCUUUCAUAAAUCACACAGUAAAUGAACCCAUUGGCUGGAAUGGGCUUUGAUUGUUUGUUGGUUUUUAUUUCUGAUCAUGUGUUUUAAAAACAAAUCAUAAUUCAGUAACACCCACAUAUUUUGUCUGACUGACUGUAAACAUACUAUAAAAUUGCUACACUGUUACAUCCCUA